AGAAGUUAGGUUAAUGUUCUACUCUGUUAUCUGUGGUGAAUGUUGAUAUUUUCAGUUAAAAUUUUAUUAAAAGUUAAAAUCCAGAAAUUUCUCAAUUCUUUCUGAAACGGAAGAAUAUAUUUGAGGGAACUACUACAUAUAAAUAAAAAUAAUGGCAGAUCGUUUAACACAACUGCAAGAUUGCAUCAAUCAGCAAGCAGAACACUUUUGCAACAGUAUCGGAGUUUUACAGCAGUUUGCACCACCUAGCAAGUUUCCAAAUUUUGACAGAACUGGUUCGCAGACUCCACAACAGCAGUCACAAGAAGAUUAUGUACAAUUAUUCACAACUCUUAUUGCCAGAUGUGCUAAGGAUAUUGAUACUCUAAUUGAAUCAUUACCAAGUGAAGAGAAUUCCACAGAAUUACAGUUGCAAGCUUUACGUUCCUUAGAAUUAGAGAAUCAAGAUGCAGCAGAAAAACUUGAAGCUGUUGUUAGGAGGGGCCAAAAUUUAUUGGAGCAUAUACAAGGAGCUCUAAGUGAAAUUGCCCAAGCUCAACUUGAUAUGCAGCACUUGGCAAAAGCUGCAAGUAAUUUCAAUGAGAAUUAGAAAAAUACUCAGUUUUUCUAUGUAAAUAUCAUCAAAAUGUAAAUAUUUCUUCAUUACUCAAUUCAUUGAAUUAUGAGAAAAGUAAAAAUUUGUUAUAUUUAGUAAGUAAACUAUUUGGUAAA